AUGUGGGUGGUGAAAGUCGCAGACGUCUUGGCGAUGUCCGAGGUUCGCCCCCAUAAACUCCUGAAGGCGGAAGGUCUUCUGUCGGAAUGGAGCGCCGGGAUGUUCACCAUCUUUGUUUCACACCAGUGGCUGUCUAUCCAGCACCCGGAUCCGGAUGCAGAACAGCUGCAAGUGCUGCAAGCAGUUUUGAGACGUCUCAUUGCGAACACACUGAAAAUCGACUUGGAUGUGGCCUCGCAGUUUUUUGGCGGCAAAGUUGGGAAAGUAGAGAUCGAGCGGUUAGGUGAGGCCUACAUUUGGUUGGAUUACUUCUGCGUUCCUCAGCUCUGGGAGGGUCAAGAGCUCCUGCUUCCAGAACAGACGCUAUACAUUCGAAGCAUUCCGAAUUACGUGGACCACUGCUUCGUUUUUCUAGCUCUGGUACCCAGGGCCAUUCACCGUCAAACUGGAGAGCCCUGUUCAGUCCACAGUUGGCUUCAACGAGGUUGGUGCCGCACGGAGCUUUGGUGCAAUUUCCUGUCCACGAGAUCGAAGCAUCUGAUUGUAGUGGUGAAGAGUGAGGACAACGUGCAGUUCACCUCACCUCUGUGGCAUCGAUACCCAGUGCACUUGGGCGAUUUUGCCAUUGAGAAGGAUCGGACUUCGUGCACGCUUGUCAUUCAGAAGGCUUUGAGCCAGUACAUAUCGGAGCUGCGUCAGGCAAAGCGCAAGAGAGUGGCCUACAGACUUUACCUUGCCCUCUUCGAAGCCAUGACAGGCCUGGCCAGCAAGAGACGCAGUGUCAAUGACUUCAUGGAGGAGUUUUCCUUCUCCCAGCCCAUCGAGCGUUGCGCUGGCCUUGGCCCGGUGGCUUGCGCUGCUCUUACGGGAGAUCGCGAUCUAGUCCGCAACCUGGUGAAUGCCAAGGCCUGCCUGCAGACCCACGCGCCAGCCAUGCCGGAAGUGAUGUACGCGCCAGACUACACACCCUUGCACCUGGCCUUAUGGUUUAGACCCCACGACUUGCAGGUUGCGGAAACGCUCUUGGAGCUGCAGGCGGAUCCUUGCGCCAGCACUAUCAAUCUGUGCCCGCCUCUGGGCUAUUGCCGGUCAGCUCGCGCCGUGGACCUCCUGAUUCGGCAUCGUGCAGGGGUGAACUUUCAGGGCAAGACACUUACACAAGCUUGCCCCAUUCACAAUGUGACUUCGUAUGGGGCCCCUUGCGAAGUGGUGUCCAGAUUGAUCGAGCUCCAAGCUGACGUGCAUGGCGGAAGGGGGGGAAACGCCGCCCUGUCACCUCUGCACACAAUCGCCUUUUCUGGCGAUUCCAAGAACGACCUUCACAACGCGCAGCUGCUGCUGGACAGGAGGGCAGACGUCGAUCAGGUUUGCCAACCCCAGGGGCUCUUCAGGGUCUUCGAGCUCUUGGCCAGGGCCAUCUCCCGCUGCGCAAGACAGCCCCGAGCAUUGACGACGCUUGUGAGCAACCUGAGCGCGACGCCCCUGGGUUGGUGCGCAGUUUUUGAGAACGAGGGGCUGUUGAUCUUCCUGAUUCGUGCAUAUGCGGAUCCCGACAUCAGGAGUAACCGGGGUCUCCGACCCAUUGACAUCACCAGUUCUCGGCGAAUCCGCGUGCUGCUCAGAGAUCCCACGCCUUUGCGCAUUGACCCUCUGGAGCAGAGCUUGGACCCUGAGCAGGAUGAAAUGGUGGUCGAGGUUUUGUAA